GAGAGGAAUUUUUAUGUAGUAUAACCUCAAGAGAAGAAAAAACUAGUACUAGUCUCGAAGACAUUCUAAAAAAAAUCAAUGAUUUAAAUGAAUUAACUUCUCCAAAUAACCAAUUUAAGCUAAUGAUGAAACAUGCAGCACAAUUAUAUUUAUAUGUAAUUCCAAGGAAAAUUAUUGAUAGUAGACGAAAACAGCUAGAAGUACUGAAUGAAUAUGGA